UGCACAUUUGUGAGCAAGUAAAAAUAUUUCUUGCAUCUUGCGUCAUUGUUCUGUGCUCUCUGUUUUCUUCCUUUGCUCCUCCUCAUGCCCAACAAACUCCUGUUUCAGACUUGCAUAACCCAUCAAUCCAAGGUUCACUAAACUAGAACCACAAACUUUUUCUCAUUAUGUAUUAUUAUCCAGGACAUGUGGGGUACUGCAAUGCCUGGUCUUGCACUUGUAGAUGACACAAUUUAUAACCACAUGGUUUUGCUUCGUGAGUCCCUAGAUUGAGUUCCUUAAUUCAAAGGACUUCCUUUGGGACAUUUUUUUGGCUAACCAAUUACAGUAGUUAUCAAGUAAAAGCAGCUGAAGUAGAUUGAAGCCUAUUGUCUGGGUUGUGGAUUGAAGUAAAAUGCUACCAUAUUUGACCCCACAGUUCAAGACCUUCAGUACUACGAAGUAUACAUGACGACCAGGACCACUGCUGUUAGAAAUCUCUUGAAGCCAUCAACAGACAAAACAAUGUGAAGUAGAUUUCUAUAUGAUAUAUCUAAAAGCAUAACAGCCUGGAGAUAAAGACAUUUCAACCUAAGUAUAGUCCUUUGGGGGGCAAGUCCUAUUCCAGAAAUCAUAAAAACCCAUCAAUCCAGAGUUAAAGUAAACUAGAACCACAUUUUUUUCUUUUCUACUUAUGUAAUAUAUCCAGAACAUGUAGGUCAUUGGAGCACUUCCCUUACCUUCCAGACAUGCCCAACUGGCCACUUCCCAAGUGAUGGAUCAUAUUUUCCAAACACAUGGUUUUGCCUCCUACAUCUAGUUGAUUCAUUCAAAGCACUGCUUUUGGAACUUUUGUGCAUCUAUAUAUAUGUUUUCAUCCAUUUUCAAUUUUCAUCAGCCCAGCACAAGAAAAGCUUUUUCAGUUUCCUAAGAUCUUUUAGAUUCUCUUCCUUCUCUUGUCCUACUAAACAUUCUCCCUUGUUUAAGAAAGCAAACAAAAUGAUCAGUGCAAGGAAGCUUGUUAAACUGGCAAGGAAAUGGCAAAAAUUGGCAGCGAUUAAGAGAAAAAGGAUCACAUUCUCGAACACAUCAUCAAUGGUGGAGAAGGGUCACUUUGUGGUGUAUAGCGCUGAUGAGAAGCGCUUUAUGCUUCCUUUGGAAUAUCUGAAGAACGAAAUAGUGAUGGAGUUGUUCAACUUGGCAGAAGAAGAGUUUGGAAUUCCAAGAAAUGGACACCUUAAACUGCCCUUUGAUUCAACCUUCAUGGAGUAUGCAAUUGAAUUGAUCAAAAGGAAAGCAAGUAAAGAAGUGGAGAAAGCAUUGAUUAUGUCUAUAGUUACUGGCCAUUGCUCAUCAUCAUUGAAUCUCUAUCGGCAAGAAACAUGCCAACAGUUACCAAUAUGGAGUUUCUAAAGCCAAAUUUUGUUUUCAGUUUUGUAUACUGUAGCAGUUAAUACCAUUGUACAUUAACAUAUAUACAUAAUGAGAAAACUCACGGUUUUCGUUUCA